AUGGGCGAUUUCGACGUCGAACGAGUUUUGGUCGACACGGGAAGUACCGUCAAUGUAAUAUGCUGGCAAACGCUAGAAAAAAUGGGUGUCACACUAGAGCAACUGAAACCCGAGUCUCGAACAUUGACGGGCUAUGAUGGGGUCACCAAACUGUCAAUGGGCGACGUAAAGCUGCAAGUACGAGCCGGCGGAUUGUCCCGGAAGACUAAGUUCGAAGUCAUCGACUCGCCUUCGGUCUACAACGCCAUUUUGGGGUACCGUGGAUAUACGCGAUGUAGACCGUACCAUCGACCUAUCACCUCUGCCUCAAGUUCCCAACCACCACAGGAAUUUGCUCACUUUAUGGUGACCAGAGGGUAG